CUUACAAUAAACCAUAAGAAUAAUAAUCCAAAUAACACCACUUAUUAGAAAUACAAAACAAUGGUGGUGGCUUCUUCUUCUUCAUCCGAGUUCCCUAAAGGUGGGUGGAGGGCAAUAAUGUCAUUCACUCACCAAGUAAUCAAGGGCCGUUGGUUCAUGGUAUUCGCCUCACUUCUAAUCAUGGCCGUUGCGGGUGCAACUUACAUGUUCGGCUUGUACUCCAACGACAUCAAAAUCUCACUAGGAUAUGACCAAUCUACCCUCAACAUGCUAAGCUUCUUCAAAGACCUUGGCGCCAAUGUUGGCGUGCUCUCGGGACUAAUCAAUGAGAUUACUCCCACUUGGGUUGUUCUCUCCAUCGGCGCAAUCAUGAACCUCUUUGGUUACCUCAUGAUCUGGCUCUCAGUAACUAACCGAAUUCCCAGACCGCAGAUCUGGCAGAUGUGCCUGUACAUUUGCAUUGGUGCCAACUCGCAGUCUUUUGCGAACACCGGGGCGUUAGUCACGUGCGUCAAGAACUUCCCCGGUAGCCGCGGAAGCAUACUAGGCCUUCUCAAAGGCUAUGUUGGUUUAAGUGGCGCCAUUAUCACGCAGCUCUACCAUGCUUUCUAUGGUGAUGAUUCCAAGUCUCUUAUCUUACUUAUAGGUUGGUUACCGGCUGCGGUUUCCUUCAUUUUCCUACCCACCAUUAGGAUCUUGAAACUCGAUGCGGUUCAACAGAAAAAGGAGCUCAAAGUCUUUAACAAUCUUUUGUAUAUUUCUCUUGGUUUAGCUGCUUUUCUUAUGGUGCUUAUCAUAGUACAAAACAAGCUUAGUUUUACCACCGUCGAGGACGUGGUGGAUGGCUUGGUAGUUGUUUUCUUGCUUCUUCUUCCUCUUGCUAUUGUGUUUAGAGAGGAAUUCAACAACUUUAGAGCCAGGACUACCGAAGUUCAACCUUCGAGCAUAAAUUAUAAAUCUGAAGAAACAGCAGCAGUAGAAUCCGAUCCCAGUGUCAGUGUUAAUAUUGUUAAUACUAACACUAACACUGACACUGAUUCUGCUGAUUCUAAAUCCGCUUCUUGUUGGAGCACCGCGUUCAAACCUCCGAGCAGGGGGGAGGACUAUACCAUCUUACAAGCCUUGUUUAGCAUUGACAUGUUGAUUCUAUUCAUUGCAACCACGUUUGGUGUGGGUGGAACCUUAACCGCCAUUGACAACUUGGGACAGAUUGGGAACUCUCUAGGGUACCCUAAAAAGAGCACCACAACGUUUGUAUCGCUAGUUAGCAUAUGGAACUACCUCGGGCGCGUUGCUUCCGGCUUUGCGUCGGAGAUUCUCUUGAAGAAGUACAGAUUCCCUCGGCCUUUGAUGCUCUCACUGGUCAUGCUUCUCUCUUGCGUUGGUCACGUCCUCAUAGCUCUCGGUGUUCCAAACUCUCUCUACUUGUCUUCGGUGAUCAUAGGGUUCUGCUUUGGAGCUCAGUGGCCUCUAAUGUUUGCAAUCAUUUCCGAAAUCUUUGGUCUCAAAUACUACUCAACAUUGUACAAUUUUGGUGCGGCGGCGAGUCCCGUUGGAUCUUACAUAUUGAAUGUGAAAGUGACGGGCUCUUUGUAUGAUAAAGAGGCGUUGAAGCUAUUGGAAGCGAAAGGGCUUAAGAGGGUUGAUGGAGAGGACCUUUCUUGCGUUGGAGUGCGGUGUUAUAGAAUGGCUUUUAUUAUAAUCACUGCUUCCACUUUGAUUGGUUGCUUUGUUUCGUUCAUAUUGGUAUUGAGGACAAGAAAGUUUUACAGGAGUGAUAUCUAUGGCAAAUUCAGAAGAGAACUUGAGGCUGCAGAGACUGAGAUGGGGACUUCUAACAAAAAUAAUGGUGCUGCUGUUCCGGAAGAAGGACAUAGCCAUGCAAGUUUAAGCAUGUAGAAAUUAUUAUUAAGUCCUUAUUUUGUUACGUAUUAAUUACUCUUUAAUUAUUAUUACGUGUUAGGUCUGGUCAAAUAUGCGAAUUAGUGCAUAGAAAAUUAUCCAACUUUUCUUGUAACAUAUAUGAUAUAUUUCAAAUUUACAAUCCUAGGAAGAGGCCAGGAUAGCAUUAAUCAUUAGAUAGUAAUACAAGUUUCGAUUUCACUA